AGCAGCUGGGUCCUUCGAUCCUCGACAUUCAGCCGGCGCGCAAGAUAAUACACGCAGGACAUUCUAACACCGACAAUUGUCAUCGUUUGCGCGCUUUCUCUCCCUCUCUCCCCCCCCUCUCUCUCUCUCUCUCUUUCUCUCUCUCUCUCUCUCUCUCUCUCUGUCGCGCAUUGUCUCAUCCAACAAUUCUGCGGCACGUGUUACCCGCGCUAGAAGUUGUUAACCAUUUCAUUUUCCUCCUUCACCCAAAUCCCUCGUGUUUCUCUUUCCCCUUUUCUCACUCUUCAAUCGCGACGACGUUUUGGAAGAAUAAGUUAACCCGGCAUCGGGAGAAACAGAGAGAGAGAGAAGAAGAAGAAGAAGAAGAAGAAGAAGAAGUGGUGCGUUUUUCAGUUACAUCGGAGGACAAGGCGGAAAAACAGUGCGCGCCCAUGCGUGUAUCGACGGGAUCGCGAGUACGCGUUACGGUGAUCCAGUUACGCGGGUUCUACACGCGAAGAAGAGGGAAAGGGAGACGAUUUCCUUGAGGAGAGAGAAAACGCUCCUCGAUCACGGUGUGAGUGAUGCUAUUGAAUCUCGUCUGACGUUUUCGUCAUCGGUGUGUUUCUUGGGGGGUCGUAUCUCCGCGCUGCCCCCUAAGUGAUCGACGUGACACCGUAUAGAGGAUCGAGAACGUAAGAAGAGCGCGAGAGGGAAAGUGCGCCACGUCGCAAUUCGGGAGGAGUAUCGCGAGGAAGAAGAAUGAGGAGGAGAUAGCGCGCGAGGAAGAUUUUUUUUCGUUACGCGGUUUCCACGUGUCUUCGAGAUCGUCUUCGACGCGUCCCCCAAGAGUGACGAUGUUUGUGAGGCGAGUGUGAAAAAUCUGAGAUAAUUUGGAUUCAUCGAGGAUUAACGUGGUUCGAAACAUACAACUAUCUCGACGUAUGUCACACGACGUACAGUCGCUAGCGAUCCGUUCGUCCGUCAGAGAGAUUUCACGUAUUACUAAUUUCUCGUCCAAUUUAAGACGUCCCAGAAUACAAUAGAUAUCGUAUCAUCAGCAGGUAGUGAUUUGUGAAAAUUGAAAGAAAAAGCUGGUCGAAAGGGAAGAAUUGGAGCGAGAGUAAAAAAAAAAUCAAGAGACAGGCGUGCAUUCUCAGUGUCUCUACUCGGCGAUACCUCGGCACGACUAGAGAAGAAGAAAUCAGCGGAAGUCGCGGUGGAAAGACGUUCGCCGAUCCGUCAUUUUCGUCGUAUUAGGACGAUAGAAUCACGGGGCUUAGCCGUCGACGACAAGGACGCCGGGCAAAGAGGAGGUCCAACACACUUCGCUUCUCGCUUGACGAUCAAGGUGAAUAGACACAACGAUGGUAGAUACACAACAUUUUUGUCUGCGAUGGAACAAUUACCAGAGCAGCAUAACCUCGGCGUUUGAAAAUCUGCGGGACGAUGAGGACUUUGUGGACGUGACGCUGGCCUGCGACGGCAAGAGCCUGAAAGCGCAUCGCGUCGUCCUAUCCGCCUGUAGUCCAUACUUCAGAGAAUUGCUCAAGAGCACUCCGUGCAAACAUCCAGUGAUAGUGCUCCAGGAUGUAGCGUUCAGCGACUUGCAUGCCUUAGUGGAGUUUAUAUAUCACGGCGAGGUGAACGUGCAUCAGCGUUCUCUCAGUAGUUUUCUGAAGACGGCGGAGGUCCUCAGGGUAUCGGGCCUCACGCAACAGGCUGACCAAACCGACAGAGACGAGCUGUCGCAUGUCCGCGCGUUGGCGGCCGGCGGUAAUCACCUGCCGUUCCACGACAAGUCGGAGGAGACUUUCCCUCGCGGCGGCGGCGGCUCGCCUACGCCUGUGACCCCGACGCCGACCACGGUACAGCAGCUACUGCGCCGUGCCCAGAUACGUCGUAACGAGAGACGCACCCCAGACCCGCACGAUGAGUCGGCGAAGAGACCGCGGGUGCCGUCGCCGCCGCUCAACAACAACGACGCCACUCCCACGGAUUUCUCGAUGGUCAAGAACAACCAUCUGACGUCGACGAAGGUGGAGGGCAACGGGGUGCACGACGAGAACAGCCUCGUCGAGGAGAAUAUAAAGUGCGAGCCGUUGGAGUUGACGGGCGGGAACGGCGGCGGCGGCGGGAACGCCGGCAACGAGGACUCGUCGGACUCCGGCGCCGCGGCGUCGGACCGGCCGCCCGCGUCCGCGAGCAGCAACGAGCACGAGCCGGAACCGGAGCACACGUCCGCGCAGAACUUCCUGCCGGAGAGCAAGCUCUUCACGUCGACGCCCGGCAGCUUCAACUUUAGUAUGGCGGCGCUCACCACCGAUCACACGCCGUUAUCAGUGAAAUUUCCAGGGUUGGGCCAUGGCUUGCAGACGCCGGAUCUAGCGGGCACUUCGCAAGGAUUUGCUGGUCCGCCCUCGGCGAUUCUCGCGAUGCGACUGUCGCAUCCGUUACACGGUAGCCUGCUACCACCAGGAAUUUGCUACACGUGCGACGUAUGCGGCAAGACUCUUUCCACGAAGCUCACUCUAAAGCGGCAUAAAGAGCAGCAGCACUUUCAACCCCUGAACAGCGCGGUCUGCGCAUUGUGCCACAAGGUGUUCAGGACGCUCAACAGCCUGAACAACCACAAGAGCAUCUACCAUCGUAGGCAGAAAUAGAAGUGAUUGUGCACGCGCGUAUCUUACGUGCCAAGAGACAUCACGAAACGAGCUUAAUAGACGCUAAAAUAAAAAUAGUUCCACGUCGUUCAUGCGACGGUCGUGUGAACGACCAGGUUGUUGACAGCGUGGCUAUCCUGAGAGA